UAUCGUGAAAUCGUCAGGAUUUCUUAAUAGAUUUGAGGCUACGUGAGUUCUUCGUGGCUCUUAUUUUGAAAGACUCGAGUGGAAGUGGAGGGUGGGCAGCUUCUCGGGUCCUCAGUAAGAUAAAGCUCGUUUCUUCUGAGGAGGGUCUUUCUCGUCAUGACUGGUCGGGUACGAGUUGUGGAGCUGCUUCGGCGGCUUGAGAGCGCAGCGUGCAGAUGUCCCGCUCACUCCAACACGUUCCACCAAGGGGCAGCGGUUACAUGCAGCAAGAGAGAGACGGAUUACGCCUUCGAGAUGGCGAGCUCCAACAUCCGCUAUGGAGAGGGGGUGACGCGAGAGAUCGGAAUGGACCUGCAGAAUAUGGGCGCUCGGAACGUGUGUCUGAUGACUGACAAGAACCUGUCCAGCUUGCCUCCAGUGAAGGCGGUUCUGGAGUCACUGUCUUCCAAUGGAGUUAAUUUCCGGGUCUAUGACGACGUGAGGGUGGAGCCGACGGAUGGAAGUUUCAUGGAUGCGAUCGCGUUCGCCAAGAAGGAAACAUUCGACAUGUUCGUGGCUGUCGGCGGCGGCUCUGUGAUCGACACCUGCAAAGCAGCUAAUCUGUACUCGUGCCACCCCGAGGCCGACUUCCUGGACUUUGUCAACGCCCCCAUUGGAAAAGGAAAGCCCAUCACCAAGGCGCUGAAGCCGCUGAUUGCAGUUCCAACCACGGCAGGAACUGGAAGCGAGACCACUGGCGUUGCCAUCUUUGACUAUGAGCCCUUGAAGGCCAAGACAGGAAUUGCCAGCAGAACCAUCAGACCGAUGCUAGGCCUGGUCGACCCGCUGCACACACUGAGCAUGCCCAGUAGAGUCACUGCCAACAGUGGCUUUGAUGUCCUGUGUCAUGCGUUGGAGUCCUACACCGCACUGCCGUAUCACCAGCGACGUCCCUGCCCUCCCAACCCCAUCAACCGACCUGCCUACCAGGGCAGCAACCCCAUCAGUGACGUCUGGUCCAGGCACGCCCUCAAGGUCGUGGCCAAGUAUUUGAAAAGAGCUGUCAAUGAUCCAGAAGAUGUGGAGGCUCGCUCCAGCAUGCACCUCGCCAGUGUAUUUGCUGGAAUUGGUUUUGGAAACGCUGGAGUUCAUCUGUGUCAUGGAAUGUCGUAUCCCAUAGCAGGAAAUGUGAAGACCCACCAGGCUGCUGGGUACAACGUAGAGCACCCCCUGGUGCCUCACGGUCUCUCCGUCGUCCUGACGUCCCCAGCCGUCUUCAAGUUCACUGCUUCAAUGUGUCCAGAGCGCCACCUGGAUGCUGCCGAGAUCCUGGGUGCUGACAUCAGUCGACUGAAGAAGGAGGACGCGGGGCUUGUUCUGGCCGACCAGCUGCGGCAGUUUCUCUACGACCUGCAGGUGGAGGAUGGGCUCGGGGCUCUGGGCUACAAACAGGAGGAUAUUCCCGACCUGGUCCGAGGAACCAUCCCUCAGGAGCGAGUCACAAAACUGUCGCCCCGAGGUCACACAGAGGACGACCUGGAGCAGCUCUUCGCAGACUCCAUGAAGCUAUACUGAGCGGCUCUAUCCAGACUGACAGCAGGAUGGCGCUAUCGUUCAAAAAUCAUUUUGCAAAAUGUGAAAAGCAGCCAUUAUUAGUAGCUGUCCUGGAAGUGAUUUAGAAAUGAUUGAGGGUUAACUUUUUUAAAUCAUAAGUGACACUACGGGUGCAUUGAACUCAACGCCAGAAUGACUAUGAAAUAAAACAGACUCAUAUUUGUUUAAAUUCUCAUAUAGUUUGUUUGUUUUGAUUGAAUAUUGUUGUUGGAUUCUUGACCGUAAAUCUUUGUAGCACUUACUAAUGUGACUGUCACUGAUAAAUCCUCUCAUGACCCUGAACAUUUAUGAAUUAAAGUAUGGCUUGAUUAACA